AUGAAGCGCAUCCCCGUAAAGGACCUUGCCGUCAACGUUCUGAAGCUCCCUCGAUUGCCCAUUCCCACACUUGAGGCAACAGCGGAGCGGUACCGCGCAUCCAUAUGGCCACUGAAGUCCGCCGAGAUGGUGAAAAAUCACUUGCAGAAGUUUGAUACCUUUCUUACUUCCUCCGCUGGGGGCUUGCAGGCGGCACUUGUGGAGGCAGAUACCGCUGCUGCCGCAUGUGGCGUAUACCCGUAUUCGUAUAUUGAGGCCUUGUGGGAAGACAUGUAUUUGAGCAAUCGUGAACCCGUAUUAGUGAAUGUCAACCCCGCCAUCACCACCAAGAAACUAAAGAAUGCGGGUGAUACGCAAGCGGCUGUCGGGGCGGCUGUCGUACACAGCAUUGCGCGGUGGGUGUAUAACGCCGUGAACAAGGGAGUAGAGGUAUUUGACGAAACACGCGAUGUGUCCCCGCUACUGCGGCAGUUUGGAGCUUCGGUCAUUCCAGGUGAGAAGAAGGAUACGUUUCACACCACACCGAUGGAGAAACUUCGUCACAUCAUUGUGCUUCACGACGGCCACCCGUAUGCAGUGCGCGUGUUUGACGACAAGCAGGUCCCUCUUGACCGUGCGGUGGUCCAAAAGUCAAUUGAGUACGUUCUGUCAAUCACGCCAGAUGCAGACAACACAACACCCGUGUCAGUUCUUACGGCGGGGAACCGCCAGACUUGGGCAGGCGCUUAUGCCGAGUUGGUGAAAACACCGGAGAACGCGGAGAACCUCAAAAAGAUUCAAGAGGGCAUUGUGGUUGUUUGCCUCGACACUGAGAGUUGGGGAGGUGACGGCAAAUUAGUGGACGGUGCUUCCCUGCACGGCAACAACACGGAGUUUGAGAACCGAUGGUACGACAAGCAUCAAAUUAUUGUAUCUGCAGAUGGGCGGGUCGCAUUCAACUUCGAGCAUUCCGGCAGCGACGGCGUUCAGUGGCUCCGGUGGAUCAGUGAUAUUAUCAGUGAUGUUGAGGGAGGUGAUGGAAGUUCUGUUUCCACCUCUGCCACCAGCUUGGAUCCUGCGAAGGUUGGCACCUUGGUUCAGCCCUUGACCUUGACGUUUGGGAAGACAUUCGCUGCCCACAUUCGCGCGGCACGCGCCGGGGCUCUCGAGCUCAUUGCUGGAACGGCGUUGGAAGACGUGACCAUUCCGUAUGGCAAAACUCAGUUGAAGCAGCUUGGUGUGAGCCCCGAUGCGUUUGUGCAGAUGUGCCUUCAGGUGGCCCACCACAAAUGUCGGAAUAAACUCGCACCAACGUAUGAGGCGGCCUCCACCGGUCGUUUCUUUCAUGGGCGUACUGAGACGAUUCGGUCAGCGACUCGGGAAAUGCAGCUCGUGGCGGAGGCCGUCAACCGUAUGACGAAGGCUAAUGCCGCAUCCGAUGAGGAGGGAAGUACAACAUAUGUGGCGAGUGUUGAGGAGCAGGUGGCACUGCUAAAGGCGGCUGCAGAGCGUCAUGUGAGGUUGGCGAAGGCAGCGGCGAAUGGUGAAGGCAUCGAUCGGCACUUGACAGCUCUGAAGCGGCUGGCAGUUGAGCGCAAUGAUGCCGCAGCGCUCGCUUUCUUCAACGACGAAACGUACACUUCGUGCUCCACGUGGAGAUUAAGUACAAGUAAUUUAACAGCGCCGUGGGUAGAGCGAUUCAUGUUUGGUCCUGUAACCGCUAACGGCUACGGUUUAGGUUACACCAUUGAUGGAACGGAGGUGCGGCUGACAGUGUCGGCUUUCACCAGAAGCCCAUCCACCGACGCGGGGGAUAUGAAGCUCGCCGUUUCUGAGGCCGCAUCAAAUGUUUACGGUUUGCUUAAGGCAGGGACUAAACUAAAAUAG